AUGUUCAACCCCGAAGCAGACCCAGAACAUAAAGACUGGAAGCAUGCGGAUGCCUCUUUAGAGAUGUUUGAUCAUCUGGUGGUGGCGAAUAGUCUGGCACAAGAGAUGGAGCGUUAUGGACUGAUACUCCCACCUGACCUGACAUUUAUCAAGGAGAUGAUUAAACCUCUAAAGAUUGAUGACGCUGAGUGGCCGUAUGAAGGUCGAGAUGAGAAUAAAUCCUUCCUCUAUGAAAUUGUGUCAAACAAGCAAAAUGGGAUUGAUGUGGACAAAUUCGACUACUUUGCCAGGGACUGCCACCACCUGGGCAUCCGGAACAACUUUGACCAUCAACGCUUCAUCAUGUUUGCCAGGGUGUGUGAUGUGAAUGGGAGGAAGCACAUUUGCUCUAGAGACAAGGAAGUGGCAAACCUGUAUGACAUGUUCCACACAAGGAACUCUCUCCACAGAAGAGCCUACCAGCACAGAGUAACCAAGAGUGUAGAAAUUAUGAUCAAAGACGCCCUCUUGAAAGCAGAUCAGUACAUCCUGACUAAAGGUUCAGGAGGGACAACGUUCUGUCUCUCCAAAGCUAAAACUGACAUGGAAGCCUACACAAAGCUGACAGAUCAAAUGAUUGAAAGAAUACUCCACCCUUGUUCUUGUUCAAAUGAAUUCACUCCCUCUCCUCUGGAGGAAGCAAGGAUGAUUCUGCAGAGGAUCAUGUCUCGAGACCUGUACCAGUUUAUGGGUGAAACCAAGCUCAAGAAAGAAGACCAAGAGGAAAUAAAAAAGAUGAAGGACAGCUUGGAAAAUGAACUGGUUAAAGUCAUUCCAAAAGACAACUUUGAAAUUAUAGUUGUCACUUUGGACUAUGGGAUGAAAAACAAGGACCCCAUCAAUACCACAUAUUUCUACACUAAGGCUAACCCUACUGAAGCAUUCAAGAUUUCCAGAGAACAGGUGUCCAAGCUUCUCCCAGUGUGCUUUGCUGAGAAGAUCCUCAGAGUUUACUGUAAGAACUCAGCGAGUCUGAGAGAUGCUAAGUUCUGCUUUCAAAGCUGGUGUCACGAAAAUGACUUUCUAACUGAGAGUCCGGUGCUGUUGGGUGGGAUGGUGAAGUAUGUCUUUGAGCCACAUGCCCAUGCUGUACCCUGCACCCAAUAUGUGCCAUUCAGGAAGCUUAUCCGUGCCUUUCUGUCCUGCGGCAUUCGGAAAGUCUGGGAGCAGUUGUGGUUCAUUCCCAGCUUUCUGUUGCCGUAUGCGAAGGCGAUGCUGUGGGUCCUCGUCUUUCCAGGUGAGUAUCCAGCCACUAUGAGGACAAGUUUCUUCAUGAUGACCAGGCACACCCGGGCUCCAGUGGCUUUGGUGGAUCCAAGAUGGUCUUUCUGCUAUUUUGCAGGCGGUUGGUGUUGUGAGCAGGACCUGGUACGGGCCUUCCCACCUCGGUGA